UUAGCUGCAAACGUGGUAAGUAUGUGUCGCUGCAUCUUGUAUUGUCUCCGCCAACAGAAACGUUCCAUUCUCACUACGCGGUCUGCUUCAACACAACACGCGCUUGUGGCUGUGCUAUUCAAUGCGAACGAAAUGGAACCAAAUGGGCAUGCAAACGAAGUCGUCUGAACUGCGUGUGAAGGAAUACAAUGUCCAAUAUUAAGGACACGAACUCUAUCCCAGACGGGUAUAGGGCUCUAAACACCAAUGAAUUGCAGGAGCUUUUACAAGAUGAAGAAAAAAUGGACCAGAUCGUCCGACUCAAUGAGAAGUUUCAGGAGCUGCAGGUGGACAGAGAGAUACUGCUGACCUCCAACCGGAGCUUGGCCGAGGAGAGCCUCGCCUGGCGACCCCGCCUCAACAACGGCAAACUCCAGCUGGCUGAGAAAUACUGGGAUCUGACCAAUCUGGCAACCGCCUGCCGGGAAAAACAGAGCCGGCUCGAGGCCGACAUACAGAAGCACAGUCUCCAGACAGCACAGAAUCUUCUCCAGGAAGAUGUGGCGCGUGCUGAUGAACAGUCCGAGGACCUCCUGGAGAAGUUCAUGGAGGGGAAUGUGCCCCUGGAGGGGUUUCUUGAUUCCUUCCAAAGCUCCAGGAAGAGCUACCACAUCCGCCGUGCUCAGGCCGAGAAAAUCCAGGAGCUCAACCGAGCAAAACAGAAUUCCAGCAAACCCAAAAAGCCAGAGGAGCGAGAGGACAAGAUGCGGGAGGUGAAGAGGGACGAGCACCCGGAACCCCAGCGGCCCAACGGCUUCAUGGCCCAGGGCCCGCCCCGGGUCUUCCAGCUCCGCUACGGCCUCACCCCCGCCAUCCUGCUUCCCCACUUCCCCCUGCCACCCUCCUCCACCACCUCGCCCUCUGCCCCGACCCACACCAGUCUACCUCCGCUGGACUCCCAGCCAGGCCAGACCCACAUCCUGAGCCCCAGUGCCCCGCUCUCUGGACAUGGGCAUCCUGUGAACCUCCGGGUCAUUGGACAGUUACCCGGUGGCUGGUCAACCAGACCGAUGCGGUUACAGCAGCUCUAUAGGCCCGCCCCUCACCAGCCUGAGCCUCCAUACAGAUAACUGAGGAAUGGGCCCUAGAGGUCUCUAGACAUGGAACCAAACAGUGGCUACCAGACUCAUGCACGCAAAGAUGGCUGUUUGUGGAAUUGAUCUGAAUCAUAUGUUCGCCAUCCAUGACACAAAAUGUAAACAUACCUAAAAAAGGGAGAUAACCGGAAGCCAUAAAGCACGGAAGAAAUUUAGUUGAAAGCAAGGGAGUAAAUGAAGGAGAAACAGGGCAUGGUUUUCAUUUUUUAUUUGAAUGUUACACUUCCAGGGCAUUACAGUGUUGUAAAACACAGCUAUGAUAUGGAAAUGUCACAGAUGGACUAGUGUCUCCAGUUUGUCAUAAAAGACCUCAUUGUCCAUUAAUCCGACUGAGAACUGCAAGGCUUCUAUGAAAUGGCCUGGUGUCAUUUUGCUGAUGAUCAAUAAAGUCCAAAUCAUGGUGUUUAUUAUUAACCUAAAUCCUUGUUAUUACUUGUUUCAUAGUUCGAUCCAAGCAAUGCAGUCAUAUUUAUGCAGCUUUGGAACCAUUUCCAAGCCAUCGUCCUGAAAUUGCAACACAAAGAUUAACCAAGAACACGAUAUGUGGCAGCGUUUAUGCAGCUUCCAUUUUCAAAUGCACAUUUAGUGCAGAUGGUCUAAAAUGUAUUAUUUAUCCAGCCAGUAGAUAUACACUGGCAACACAACUGUUUGCUCUUCAAAAAAUGGUGUUAUCACGUGGAUUUUAUUAAAUGAAUAAUAUCGCUGAGAGUGGAUAUGGGGAAACACAGUAACAUUGUUAUCUUUGGCCAGGCUCCCAAACAGGGCUACAUUUUCUAAAGGGUCAUCAAGAUUCUCAGGCGAAGUUGAUUACUGUCACAAAUAAACCUUGAAGAGCGCCCAA